AUGGAAGCCGGGCUUUAUCAGCAGGUCGUCGGCUACGGCGUCGCGGGCUCAGACCCCGCCGGCGAGGACGCGCCCGAUGACGAGGACGACAAGGAGCUGCUCAAGACCCGCGCCUACUGGAUAGUCAAGAACAGCUGGGGCGGCGGCUGGGGCGACAAGGGUUACAUCAAGAUCCGCAUCGGCCGCGGCAAGGCCGGGCUCUGCGGCAUCGCCUCCCAGCCCUCGUACCCCCUCAAGACCGGCCCCAACCCGCCGCCCGCACCCAAGCCCAAGCCGGGGCCGGGCCCGAAGCCGGGGCCCAAGCCGGGGCCGCCGAAGCCGGUCGAGUGCGACAGCAACAACGAGUGCCCGGCGGAGACCACCUGCUGCUGCGUCGCCAACAUCGCCGGUUUCUGCUUCGGAUGGGGCUGCUGCCCGAUGCCCAAGGCCACCUGCUGCGACGACGGGGAGCACUGCUGCCCCAACGACCUGCCCGUCUGCGACACGGCCAACGGCCGCUGCCUGCCGCCCUCAUUCGCCGCCGGCGCCGCCGGCGCGGUGCGCUCGGUGCCGUGGGCGACCAAGACGCCCGCGGUGCGCAAGACGGCGGCCUUCUACGGCAAGGGGCGCUUCGCCAAGGGGCGGCAGGGGGCCAAGUUUAUCGGCGAGCAGGCGGGCGGCCUGCCUGUUGCGGCGUCGUAG